AUGUCCGACAUCGCAAUCCAGCGAAAUAUUGACAUCCUUGCGAACAAAACUUUCUCUCUACAUCGAUGCACACCUUUAUAUAAAUUCCAAAGGAAUAGUUUGACAAAGUAUGGGGAAGAACUCUACGCGUUUAUGGUUGCACAAAUGACAGAUUCAACUACUGUGAUUACGGAAGAGGAGGCCGAUAUGUUUAACGGACGUGUAAUCAGUGUCCAAAUUACGACGAUUAAUCCUUCCGAAUGGACAGGAUUGGCUGGGAGUCCGUUGAUAGUAGAAAUCAUGUAUAAACCGCGAGCCAUGUUCACUCGCUUCCCAAUGCUUCUUAUUAAGGCGCCGCCGAAGUUGGCUGAAAUUAUUUUCGAAUGGCUUCAGACAAGGUUUGAUUGCAGAAUAUGUCGAUACAGAUUACAAUCGGCACAAUUGAGAUUUAUUGCUGAAGAGUGGGCGAAGAGUGCAUUCGGACAGGAGCAACUUGAAGCAAAUAAUGUCAAGUCACUUGAACUGAGUUACAGUCUUCCAAAUAUUGAUGAGCUAAAAACCAUGACUGUGAAUAUACCAUUCGAAGACGUUAAACGCAUAUACAACGGGUGUACGACAUCCUCAGAAACAGACGGGAGACUCAUGCAAGCCAUCGAACAUCAUAUCUUUCACAUAUCACGAAUCAAAUUAUCUUCAUUAGUACUCUCGCGCAUUGGGACAAAUACGAUUUAUUUGGCUGGUGAGGGGAAAGCGAAAUUCUUCUUGUUGAAAGAUACGAAUACGACCGUAAAAGUACUCGAGCAGUUGAUUGCCAUUGCCAAGUAA